GUACUGUGAUCACCCCGGGGCUUGCCUUCCAUCUGUUUGGCCUGGGUCCAGACUGCUGUAGUGUUAGCCAGUGUGACUCUUCAGAACAGGAGGCUAUCUACAUGUAUCAUAUCAAUCCUCAGUCUUUAGACACCGCUGGUAUCAAUCAGGAGGUCCUCAUAGGCAACAGGAGUGAAGAUCUGCAACCUCUAAGGGAAAAUUUGCUCAUGGUCUACAUACCAAAAAACCCACAACAGGUCAACAUGUAUGACCCCUGUGGUCCAAAAGAUGGCAAAACCCUGACACGGCUAGCCAUGUCCCUAUCCACAGCACAGAAGGCCAGCAAUGAGAAGAUCUUGAGGCAGCCUCUGCAGGUGAAACCAAUCAAGGGGCAGUCCAGUGUGUUCCCUCUCAUGCAUCGCGGCAUAGAAAUCACCGUUGAUGAGAUAGGAGGAGUUGGAGUUUUCCUGUUUUUGUUUGCAAAGGUGGUGGAAAACUCCACAGAGCAGGAGCAAGCAAGUGCUCUCCGCCUGUUGUUCAGUCUACUAAGACACAGUAAGAAACAUGCCCAAGACUUCAAGGAAAUGUCAGGAUACUCCCUGCUGGCCAAGGUCAUGUCCACUGAUAAGUUCAUCAACAGCUUUCAGGUCUUGAAGGUUCUUCUGGAUGCCUGCCUCAGUGAAUCAGUUAUCCACUUCAACACAGUGACCAAGGCAUACUCAUUUAUUCCAUAUGCCAAAGCCAUAAUCCAAGAUGUCAGUAUUGUUAGAGAGAUCUUGCUGGCUUGGAAAGUGUGGGACAAAGGAAAUGUGGAAGUGUGGCAUUUGUGCUUUGUUGCAUUGGAGGAGUUGAUCAAAGAACAACACCCUUAUAGGGAGUUUAAUAGACAGCAACUCCACUGUGCUAAAACUGUGGACAAGUUGUUAGUUACAUGCCAGGAAAGGAUCCAGGAGGCAUGUCCCUCUCUGCCACUACCAAUCUGCAGUAGUAUGGUGAAGAUCAUAGGUCACAUGAUGGGGAGUCCUCCUGAUAUUAACAUAGUAGUCACAGUGUGCGAUUUCCUCCUCAUUGCUCACCCUGCUGCUAGCACAUUCAUCAACCACACUGCAGAUUCAUUUUGGUUCACACAUCACUGGGCUUCUGGCAAAAAAGAAAAGAAGAAAGAGAAGCAGAGUUUGUCCAGCACACCCUCUAAGGGCAGAAGUCCCAGCAGAACCUGGCAUCGUAGCGUUGAAGAUGUGGUAGAAACUGACCAACGAAAUCUUACUGCAGAUGUCAUUGCUGGAGAGAGAAGACUGUCUGUUAGCUUACCAAGUUCUCCAAACACUGUCAAAAGGCAGUUGAGCUUCAAGGAUAGUAAUUUCCAGUUUGUGGCAUCCGAAAACAGUGACAGUGACAUACUUCUCUCAUCUGCUGAAUCUAGAUCUAGAUCACAAACAUACCCACCUUUAGCAGGUUGCCUCGAUCAAAAAGAACUGACUCAUGCGCUGACUACUAUUUCAACUGACACAAAUGAGGAUAAUAUUGAAGACAAGGAAGCUUUGAAUGACGUGGAAAAUGAAGAAGUGUUCCCACCACCUCAAGUUGAAGAAAAUGAUAAUUCUGAAGAUAUCUUUUCUAAAGCAAGAAAUUCAGCACAUACAAGAAUAAAUGUUCAUUCAACUACCAUGGACUCUGAUGCUUGUGUCAUCUCCCUGGGGUCAGCUUCAGAAGAUCAGAUUGAGCACAGAGAUACUUUCAGAGGCGGGGAUCAGGAAGGUCCUGAGAUCUCAGCGAGGAUCCCAAGUAAAGAUCAUUCAACCCCAGAAUCCUACAUGACUGCUGUAUCUGGUUCUAGUGUUAAUACCAAGAUUGCAGAUGAUACCAGUCCUGUUAUAUCACCAGGAACUGGUGAAGUGACUGAAGGUGGCGCCACUGCACAGUCUAAACCUAAAGAGUUGCAGAAUGACAGCAGUAACCUUUUAAGUGAUGUUAGCAAUAGUCAAAGUGAAGACUGGGAACUGUAUCCAGAUCCAACUUCUAUGAAUAGUGUGCAAGUUUCUCUGGAAAAUGCCAAUAAAGAUGGCAUUGAUGAGGUAGAUGAAGGAGAGAAGGGAUUAGUGGUCGUCUGUUCAGGCCUGCUUCAGCUUUUGCAAGGAGUUGUGAUAAAUUUGUGUGAUGUAGCUUCCAAGAGGAUACUGGGAAUGGUUUUACGUCCUGAGGUCCUGUUAGUGUUGGCUCAUCACAAUUCUCCUGAGAUCAGAACUGCAGUAGUACAGCUCCUAGAUGUCUAUUUCCACCGUGCCACAGAUGAACAGUGCGAGAACUUCCUGAAGAUUCAGGGAUUCCACCUUCUAGGCAGUCAGCUCCACCAGCACCAGGCCACCCGCUCUCUGGUGGAGGCCUGCCUGGCAAUGGUGUUUGGGAAGUUACACAGCAUGAUAGAUGACAUCGACCCUAACCAGCUGUCAGACCUCCGCCCACUGCAACAGUCAGCCAUCACCCCAGUCCUGGCACUGAUGGAGAAAACUGUCUAUGACACAUCCCUGUGCCAUAAUGCCAUAUGUCUGCUCAUUCAGCUGUUUGAGACGGCCCCACAGAUGACGCAGGUGAUGCUGGAGAAUGGUCUGGUAGAGGUGCUGGGCAACAUGGUAGCAGCCAUCAACAAGAAUGAACCUAGAAUAUCUGACAUAAUUGGUGAGGAUGAGCAGCAGAUUGUAGUAGAAGAUAUCCAGCAUUUUGCUGCCAUGAUUGCAGUCAAGACAUUCAGCACAUCAGGAGUGUCAUGCUACCAGCAGUUUGAUGACAUGAUGACAAUGUUUUCUAUAUUAGAGAUGAAGGAGGAAGAAAGAUAUGGCUUGCAGUCAAGAGCUGUGGAAAAUGUCCGCAGCAUCCAGUGUUCAUGUUUCCAAGCUGUUUUAGAAUUUGUAGAGACCAAGUGUACAAUAGAAGACAGAGGGGUAGUGGCUAAUCUGCCAUUGCCAUAUAUAAAGUCUGCUUCAUCCCUGAAUGAUCAGAGCCCUCUGGCCCUCCCAGUUGUCACCAGUCGUAGGAAGACAGAAGGUGCAGUGUCCUUGGUCCCUGUCAGUGAGAGAGAAGUCACCCUGGAAGUAAGUGAAGAGAGUCCAGAGAGUGGUGCUGAGGAUGUGGUGGAUACUGUUUUUAACCUCAAUGCUUCUAGAACAGAGAG